AUGAGCAGGAGCAUCCAGCGCCAACGCUCCAUCUCGAGUCUUUCCUCACGACAGGUCGAUCGCGACAGAGAUAGAGACCACGCCAACGGCGGCCUUGGGCUGCUGAGCCCCUACAAUAGCAGAUCCCCCCUCGCGGGCCUUCCUCACUCCCCUUUGUCUCUAGAUGCCACCUCCACAAAGCUCUCCAGGCCGACCUUCCUGCUGGACCGCAAGGCCACCGAGGAUAUCGCUAAGCUCGACGGAGUCCUCUUCGACGACGUCCCCACCCUCGGCUCCAGCAGCUCCCUCCUCUCCAGCCUAGGCGCCGGCUCUCCAUAUCCUACCAUCAACACCUCCGGCGCGCCUUCGCCCACCUCGCAGUACCUGUCCGCCCCAUCGCUCGCCGGCCAGAGGAGAAGGGCCAACACUGCCAGCGGCCCACUCUCGCCUGCUCCGCCGCCCGACUCCCCCGCCGAUUCUCCGAGCAAAUCUACGAAUCGCGGCGUCGCGUUCCCUCCUCCUUCAGCCCGACCACCCACCAGCCGCCGAACCCCCGUGCCAGCUGCCAUUCCCUCCCCGUCUUCUCAACCGCCGCCGCCUCCUCCGAAACCACAGUCCACCACCGCAAGCCCUGCGCCUGUGUCGCCUCCUCAGACGAGAUCUCAGACUGCGCCGGCCCCGUCCUUGAACCCAGCCUCGAUCGCAAAUAAUACCGGCGCCAUGUAUGGGCAGCGCCAGGGGUCGGGCGUCGACCCCUCGAGGCCCUUCCAGGUUCCCCCUCCGCCUCCUCCAAUUUCGCCGCCGGCAGCAAUAGGCAACAUGAAUAACAUAAUGACCAACAUCCCCCCUCCGCCUCCACGAUAUCCCAGCGCGCCAGCCGGCGCAAUGUCGUUACCAGGGCCGCCUGGCGGGCCACCUCCCAGCGGACUCCCACCUCCUCCAGGCCCGCCUCCCGGUAACACAACGCAAUGGCAAGGCACCUGGAAUAACGCCUAUGGCUCCUACAUACCUCCGCCGCCGCCUCAGCAGGCGCCGCGCCCGUACAACCCGCAGCCGUACAAGACUGUCAAUGGGCAACAGAUCGCCAUCCCUCCACCCCCACCUCCCAGCGAAAGCAUGCAGAUGUCGGCUACUUACAUCCCACAGGGUGACACGUACGGCGAAGGGGUCGGUAUACCAGGUCUGGGAAUGGAUGAUAUGUCAACUUGGUCCGCAACCUCACAAAGUUCAUGGCUGGGUAGUCUAGCUAGUCUCGGGACAACGAAUAGCGACACGACGAUUUCUACCUCAAUCGACACCUAUGGGAAUCACAACAGGGGUAACUCGACGACCUCCAAUGCGACAACGACAGGUUCGUCAGGAAUACCACCUGAGCUCGCCUCACAGUGGCCCUUGGACCGUGUGCUGUCGUGGCUUCAAGCAAAUAAUUUCAGUAAGGACUGGCUCGCGACUUUCCGCGCAUUGGACUUGCACGGGCUCAAGUUCCUUGAACUCGGAAGCGGCCAUGGCGGACGCGGCAACUUUGGCAUGAUGCAUCAGCGGGUGUACCCACAACUAGCAGCAGAGUGCAGCAGCAGCGGAACUGGCUGGGAUCAAUCGCGCGAGCGAGAAGAAGGAAAGAGGAUGCGCCGGCUCAUACGCGGCAUCGUAAGGGGCGAGUCACCCGCGACGGUGAUGUCGUCGCACGGAAGGAAAGACUCGACGAGCAAUACCUCUCUUGUACCCACCAGUGCAGGCCCAGACAGUGGCUCUCCGGACACUCCUAUCAAGGCCGCAGGCCCUGGAUUUUCACUUGGACGUAGGUCAUCAUCACAGAUACGGACGCAAACCAUGCCCAUGUUUUGGAACGGUGUUAGUAACUCAGUCACUUCUUCAGACCCCGGAGGCAACCAUAGGAGAAUCCUUGAUAGCAUCAACGACGAAGGCUCCCGCCGCCAAAGCCCGGUUGCUAGCGAGCCCGGCGAGGUAGGGACGACCAGCAACGAGCGCAGCAGUAGCAACCGAGGCUACAGCCCCGCGGCGAGUCCGGCACCAACCCAAGGGCUUUUCUCGUCUUCCACCGUGCCCAAUCUCGCUUCCUCGCCAGGCGGGAGAUUUGGGGGCCACCGGAACCGAAACUCCACUGACUCGGUUUCGUCAAACGCAGCUAUUUAUGGAUCUGGCGUGCCACCCGAAGCAAGCCAGGCUCUGCGGUCGCAGAUGAACGUCGCCGAAAUGGCCAAGGACACGCGUCGAUAUGGCCACGACGGCGGUAACCGGCCCAGUCCGCUCGGCGACAACUCAUCGACCGGCGACCGAUCCGCCGGCGCGAGCGAGCCGCCAGGGUCCGCGAGGGAGACCAAGUCGUUCCUCUCGUUCCUCAACCCCCGGAAGAAGAAGCACCACGAUGAUCCCGAGUCGCCCACGAGUCCGAUGCAGUUCAAGCCACACUCGCUAGGGAGCAGAGGGAAUGCUAGUGAAACAUCGCUUGAUAGGCCCGGGUCGAGUUUCUCUGCGUCGCACGAUCAGCAAAGACCGGCAUCGUCAAUGAGAUCGAGGCGCAUCACCAGGGGCAGGAUAUUCAUACUUGCAACACUAGACUACUGGAAUUACCGAAUGGUGGACGUCUCGGACGUGGAAUCGGCUGCAGACCUCCGAACACUGAUAUGCGUUAACCUUGGCUUACCCGACGCAGACGGCGCGCAACUGUAUCUCACUGAGCUGGGCAAGUUCGAUCACGAUGAUGCACUGGACGAUAGUAGGCUUGUCGCCAAAAAGAAGUCACGGGCGGAUGCAUCUGGGUCUCUGAAGAUAUUCGUUCGGCCUGGAAAUAUGGGAGGCUUGGGGGUCAAUAUUGGCCAGUCGCAGAACGCGCUCUCGCCAGCUUAUCUGCCCGCUGGUGCGAAGAUGGAUGAGGAUACUUAUGCACGGCUGAAUGGGCAGCGCAGGAGAUCUAGUUCAUCUCCGCCGGCGUCGAGGCAGAACACCCUCACUGGGGGUGAGAACGACAAGCCCUCAUCGGCCGGGGACGACGAUGGAGCCAAUGACAACAAGAGCGAUGACGGCAACAUCACGCAGCAGGCGGAAGCAUACAAGGCCGAGAUGAUCAGAAAACAGCAGGAGUAUCUCGCCAAACGCAAGGCUGCGAAAGAGGCCGGCAACUCGCCUUCAGAUAACGGCACAGGUGGGUACAGCGGUAUCGUGGGCCGUGUGGUGAACUUUGACGAGCCACGCAACUCGCCAUUUGAGGACAAGAAGCCAUUCGACAGUGCUUUUGCGCCGCAGCGACGAGCCCCCGCGGCACCUCUGGACCCAUCCGCGACUCUCAUCAAGGCCAACUCACUUUCGAAACGCGGCUCGCACCAACGGACGAGCCAAGGAAGCAUGGAUGGAUUCCCCUCAAAGCGGCAGAGUACCGGUCUUUCCGAGAGCCCGAAGCAGAUGGCCGAGAAGAAGAGGCCCAACAAUGAGCGCCAGGCUCUUGGUGGCAUCGGUGCUGCUCUGGCCGGCAUCGGCCGCGGCUUGGGCGGAAUCGCACAUCCUGGAGGUGCCGGAAGAGGCACAUCACCGAACAGGGCGGAUGGGGAAGGCGAUGGCGAAUUCGCAGAAGUUGGAUCAGCGAAUGAACGAGGAGAAGAGGUCAAGUCUCGAAGACCGCCAUCCGCAGGCGAUGUCAGCCCCACGACAGCAGCCAGGACCGUCUCGGACAAACCGCCACAACUACCCAAAGUGGUCGUCAAGCCCAGGAUCUUUGACGGAGACUCCUCUUCCGAUGAGGACAAUAACGAUGACGAUUCGGACGACGAUUCAGACGACGGACUAUUCGCGAAACCCCUGACCGGACGUGGUGCUCCUAUUACUACCAAGAAGGGCAAACAGGUAGCUAGCCAAGCUGUUGCAAAACAAUCACCUGUCAGCAAGGACGGCACCUUCUGGAACGACGAGGACAGCGAUGGCGACGAGGAUGAGGCCACACACGGAGCAAGCAGUCUCGGUAAGCGCCCAAGCUUGACUGUGAAUACCAAGCGCGCCAAGAAGGGCCUGUCAGUAUCAUUCACGAGUCCCAAGUUGCCGUCCUCGUCUGGAAGCAAGACACCAGCAGGCGAUGAUGAUGACCACUCGUCCAAGGGCUCAAAGAGAACACCCAACACGCCGCAUUCCGAAGGAUGGGACUCCAACGACAAUGACGUGAAGCUUAGCAGACGCAAGAGCUUCAUGGAGAAGGACACCUCGAUUUGGGCCAAUCGUCCCCCAACUGACGCGCUGAUCAACAAUCUCGAGGACUUCUUCCCCAACAUCAACGUGGACCAGCCCGUGCUAGAAGACGGCAGCGAAAUCCCUGGUGACCUGCCUCCCAGCCCGAUAGCCGAGGAGACGGAGGAGCAACCAGGACAGGACCAAAAGCCUGUGACAUCUUCAAGGAUAAGUACUAUAUACAAUGACAGUGACACUCUUGGCAGCGAUGAAUCUACUCUCAAAGCGCUAGAACGGCCAGCCUCUUUUGUCAGCGCAGCACAAAGAAGCACGCGGCGCUCCGGAGGCUUGGGAAGGAUGAAGUCCAUCAGAGAGGUGGCGCACAAGCGCUACACACAAGGCGCAGGAAUGGCGCCGCCGGUGCCACCCACUCCGAACACAGCUGCUGCGAACAAGAACACGAAUCUGAUGCGACGCAAGUCGACCAAGAUGUUCAACGCCAACAUUGUGCAAAUUCGACCGCAGCGCGGGUCCAUGAUACUGCCGCAGAUCCCACAGGACCACCUCCCUAGCCUGCCACAUAAUGCCAACAACCAGAUUCCCAAACGGCAGACGACAUUCCGAUGGUUCAAGGGCCAGCUCAUCGGCAAGGGAACGUAUGGGCGGGUUUACCUUGGUAUGAACGCGACCACAGGUGAAUUCUUGGCGGUGAAGGAAGUCGAGGUCAAUCCCAAGGCCGCUGGAGGUGACAAGGCCAAGAUGAAGGAGCUCGUUGCUGCGCUGGACCAGGAGAUCGACACGAUGCAGCACCUCGACCACGUGAAUAUCGUGCAGUAUCUCGGAUGCGAAAGGAAGGAGACGAGUAUCUCCAUCUUCCUCGAGUAUAUUCCCGGUGGUAGCAUGGGUAGUUGUGUGAGGAAGCACGGCAAGUUUGAGGAGUCCGUCGUGGCGAGUCUUACGCGGCAAACGCUGUCAGGUCUGGCCUAUCUGCACCGCGAAGGCAUCCUGCAUCGCGAUCUCAAGGCGGACAACAUCCUGCUGGACGUCGACGGAACGGCAAAGAUCUCGGACUUUGGCAUCAGCAAGAAGACGGACAACAUCUACGGCAACGACAAGACCAACUCGAUGCAGGGCUCCGUCUUUUGGAUGGCACCCGAGGUGAUCCGCAGCCAGGGCGAGGGCUACAGCGCAAAGGUGGACAUCUGGUCGCUGGGUUGUGUGGUGCUGGAGAUGUUCGCCGGGCGCAGGCCGUGGUCUAAGGACGAGGCAGUCGGCGCGAUAUACAAGAUCGCCAACGGAGAGACGCCGCCGAUCCCCGAGGAGGUGUCUGCGGCGGUGAGCCCGGUAGCGCUGGCCUUCAUGUGGGAUUGUUUCACUGUCAAUCCCGAGGAACGCCCGACAGCCACCAAGCUGCUUGCCGAGCACCCGUUCUGCGUCUUCAGGGACGACUAUGAUUUCCAUCACACGGACCUGUAUGCCAAAAUCAAGGGGACGUGGAAGACCGCCUCGUAA